UGCAAAUCCUCCAGUUUGUGCCACUCAGUUGCCAUCUCCGGCGUCGAGCUGUUGCUCUGCUGCUGUUUGAGGUACCCGGUAACAUCUCUCAUGGUGGCGACAGAAUGACUUUUAACGCAACUCGUGCUGAUAUACGUCUGUGGUCUUUUGGGCUACCGGGAAGAAGAUUGUAGCGUUGUUGCUGUGUUGCUCUGUUUUGACGCAAGGCAUCGUGGGAAUUAUUAACAAUUAAUUUAAAAAAAUUCGUCCGUCAGUCGCUUUUCUAACUUUUGACCGCAAACUAUUUUUUAUCAUUAAAAAAAAAGAUAUUAAAAAAAAAAAAAAAAAACAAUUUUGUCAAUAAUACUGUAACGGUAGUGUUUGCUACGUCACGCGCUGAAAUAACGACACGGAACUUCACUGUCAAGCAGGUUAACAUUGUUUUGGAAUUUCUCGUCGAUGGAAUGCUAAUUUUGUACUGUUUGCAAUUAUAAAUCUGUGCAAUGGCGUAUCCCAUGAGCUCCAGGCUUAUUUUAUGUCGCUGUUGGGUUUCAAGAAUGAACAGUACUUUCCCUACAAGCGCGCGUGGUCAAAGGAAGGUGUGUCAACGUGAAACGUCGUUAUCUGGCAGACAACCAAACUCUCUUUGGUGGAAUGCAACUAAGGGACUACUAACCCGUGGAGGUGGAGCAGAUGCUGAGCAGCAGACCCUGAAAAGCAUCGCUAGAAAUAUGCAUGAACAAAAGUACAAGAGAGUCAUCGUGAUGGCAGGGGCAGGCAUUAGCACCCCGAGUGGGAUCCCCGAUUUCAGGUCCCCCGGAAGCGGUCUCUAUGACAACCUGCAGCAGUAUAACCUGCCUUAUGCUGAGGCUAUUUUUGAAAUUGCCUUUUUUCAUCACAACCCUAAACCAUUCUUUGCCCUGGCCAAAGAGUUAUAUCCAGGAAAUUACCAGCCUAACACUACUCACUAUUUUGUGCGGCUGCUGCACGAGAAAAGGCUGCUUCUCAGAAUGUACACACAGAAUAUUGAUGGCCUUGAAAGAUUGGCCGGGAUUCCUCCUGAGAUGCUCGUGGAGGCCCACGGUACAUUUGCUACAGCCACAUGCACUGUUUGCCGAAGAAAAUACGCGGGAGAAGACCUGCGCCCAGAGGUAAUGAGCGGACUUAUUCCCAAAUGUCCGACCUGUACAGGCGUAGUAAAGCCGGACAUAAUAUUUUUUGGAGAGGAGCUGCCACCUCACUUCUUCAAGUAUCUCACAGACUUUCCGUUUGCAGAUCUACUGAUCAUCAUGGGAACAUCACUGGAGGUGGAGCCCUUUGCCAGUCUGGCUGGAGCUGUGCGUGGCUCUGUUCCUCGGCUACUCAUCAAUAGGGACUUAGUUGGUCCAUUUGCAUUGCAAAACAGCCGACCAUGUGAUGUUGUGCUGCUGGGUGAUAUAGUAAGUGGCGUCCAUAGUUUGGUCGAUGCCCUCGGUUGGAAUCAGGAGCUGGAGGCCCUGAUCGCAACGUCUGCCCAGAAGAGUGCCAAAAAGACAAAUGAAGAAUGAAGUUAGCGUUCAUCUAAUCAACACUUUGAGUGGAUCACUUGAAUUGACUUUAGGUACAAUAUUGUUUUGGUUUUUUUACAUGAAAAGUAACAAUUUUAUAAUCAAAUAAGUUGCAAAAUAAAUAGGAACAUGUAGUUAUGACUAGCGAAGUCCCGAUCCAGGUUUUUUCACUUCCGAUCUGAUACCGAUAUUGUUUUGCACUUCCGAUCCGAUACCGAUACUGGCCGAUGCCGAUACCGGCCUAUCUGAGCAUGUGUUAAAGUUUAGAGUUAUUUAGCCACCUUACUUAGUUGUCAGACUCACGUUGCAAAGAGUUUUAGUACUCUUGAUAACAACUAGCGAGCUGAAUUAGGUGAGUUUGAAUAACACACAACGGUUGGUAACAAGAAACUGACCUGUUUAUUUAGUGACAAACACAAAACAUUAUAAAUAACAAACAGAAAUGGCAUAGUCAGUCAGUAAAAGGUGCAAAUAAUAUUGUAAACUGUCUUAAAAAAGCAAAACACACAAACAACCUCAGUGGAAAAUCUCACAACCCCCCCCAAGCUAUUAGAUGCUUUUAAUGUUUCGUGCAUUAGUUACAAUAAUUGUAUAAAAAGCCUCUCAGGUUUAAAUAAACGACUAUUUCAGUAUCAAGUUAACAUUUUAAAACAGUAAAUAAAAUACUCAAGUCCCCAUUCUGUAUCAGCAGCUUUAAACUACAUUCAAUUCAUUUAAUUUUGCGAAUCAACUGUUAAAGUUGUUAAAAUUGCUCCCGUUAUUCCAUAAUUUCCCUUAUGUCUACUUUCGACAUGUGAAAGUUUUAAAACUGUUUUGAAGAUAGAUUCAAGUCAAGAUUUUGCCGAUUUAGGAGUAUUUUAGAUAAAAAGUUAAUUAGGUUCGCUUGGAAGGUUCACAACAGCCUACUAGGGAAGUCUUCUGCUUUAAGAUGGCGGCCGUUUACCAACGCAUCUAGUUUUCCAUACUUCAAUGUUGCUAAGCCGUCAAGUCUGUCAUUCUGCAUCUAGUUCUAUAUUCAUAUGAUAUCUAUUAUCUUCAGUUAAACGAUGUUGACGUAAUUUGUAGCGGCUGUCAGCAGCAGUCAGGUAUUCUUGUGUUUUUUAUCCAGUGGCAUGAGUUGAGCUAAAGCAGUGAGCUGAGCAUUGGCAUUACCCGGGUCUAGCAUGAUGUUUACUCUCGGGACGCAAUGCGAUCCGUUUCUCAUUGCGUCCCGAAGACCGUGCUGUGUAUUAGUUCCGCUUUACUCGACAUAUUUCAAUAAUCGGAAUUUGGAUGUUUGUGAAUCGUUCUUGAAUCUUCCACGGCCGAAUCGCUCAAGAGGUAAUGACGGCUGGGCAUGUUGUACCGUGGUUCUAAGUGUUGGAUGGUGCGUCUUUACUCACGAGAGAUACUGGCUCGUCAUCCAGAAUGAAUUCUUCGACUCUUGUUAUUCCUUGGGCUUUGGGACUGUCGAGUGCCAGUUUGUCACGCAUAGCAAAAGUUUCUGCCAGUGUUAGUUGCGUAGGACCUUUCUUUUUGUCUUCGGUUUUCUUAACAAACUCCUCAUAUUGUUUGUGGUGGUAUUUCGCUAAAUGCUUGAUUAGGUUGGUUGAAUUAAAACUUCUCACAGCUUUACCACCACGCUUGACUUUAUUGUGGCAUAUGUUGUGCUCUGCCUCUUCGUCUUUGUCGUCCUUUAAGGUGAAAUGAUCCCACACAGCUGACAUUUUUACCGAUAAAGUCUCUCGGUAAAUUGGGAGACGGUAAUGUAGUGUGUUGAAGGUGUUCCGUAAAAUGCGGACAGGAUUUUAGGGAAACCGAAGCAAAAACUGGAAUGGAUUAUGUAAAUCAGUGCGCUGGAAAACCCGGACUGGAUUUUUUUUAAAAAAAACUGAAUCGGAAGUCUGGAUCGGAAUUUUUCCGUGGCGGCCGAUCCUAUACCGAUGCGCAUUUUUUUGCCCAUAUCGGCGUCCGAGCCGAUCCAAAUAUCGGAUCGGGACAUCUCUAGUUAAGACAUGGAAAAGGUUAGGAAUAUAUAUAUUUUUUUUUCAGAUAAUAAUUAGUUUUAAAUAAAUAAUAUAAAUAAUUUUCUCUUUCAUACUUUGCUUUCACCAAAGAAUUUUCCAUUUGCAGGGGUGGAAAGAGUAAGAGUAGCCUACCAAAAAAUCUACCCAAGUAUUUUGACAUAGGUGAAAUUUUAUUCAGUUAAAAGUACUGGUGUAAAAAUGUACUCCAAGUAAAAGUAUAAAGUAGUGAUUACAGAAGCCCUUCACAUAAAUGGGAUUGGCUCCAUGGCUUGCUUUCCAUACGGUUAAUCUGCUUCCACAACAUCUUAACGGUCUUGAGAUCCGGUGAUUAUUAUUUAAGAUUUAAAAAAAUAAUGAUUUCUUGUCAAUGUCUUGACUUAAAAUUUCUAUUCAUUUUGCAACUCAUUUGAUAUAUAAAAGUGUGGCUUUUCAUGGAAAAGAAAAAAUUGUCUUGGUGACCCCGAAUCUUUGAACAGUAGUGUAAAUGCAGUUGGCACCAAGAAAACCCCAUUUUAGGCUGUUGAAAAAGAUGGGCUGUCUCUGCUCUGGACUGCACUGCACUGCAAACUAUACAAGUCAGAUUGGGUCCUUUUAAUGGACUGUUUGAAUCGACUUUUAAAGAUUUACACAGUGUUGCUGUCGGACGACAUAAUGGAUGAAAAAUAAAUAUCCGUAACUUGGCAUACAGUUGUGGUUCAUUUAUGUGCACUAACUAUCAAAGGGUACCACGGAUAGAAAGACAUGUAGUUCUUAAAAGAUAAAUGUUAGUACGAGUUAUAAUUUGAUAUUAAAACCCAUUUUACUGUUUUCGUUUUCGUAAAACUUGUAAAAUUUUAAAUAAAAACAAUAAAUAGCUUCGCCAUUGUUGUUGACGUCGCUGAAGGUGACGUCACAUGGGCUCCCUACCUUACUUCCACAGUGUCACUCUAUCUAAGGUAGUGAUUUAAAUACUCCACAAGGUGUCAAUGGCGAGUUUAAAAUUAGAGAUCAAGUCAACAUGUGUUUUGUCCCUCGACUGACGCCGUAGUUUCCGGGUUCAUUUUUCCUUGCGUUAAUUUGAGUGUGGUCUUCACAACGUACUAGACUCCUAAUAAUGGCUCCCAGCAUCAUAGUUUGUAUAUUGUGACUAAAUAUUGCCAUCCAGUGUAUUUUUUGGGCUAAACGAGUUGCUAAAAUGUUUAGAGUUUUACCAAAAUCUGAGUAAGUUUUAUGUGUAUUUUGCAUAUCUUGAUUGUAGGGCUGCAGCUAUCGAAUAUUUUAGUAAUCGAGUAUUUAACUGAAAAUUCUAUCGAUUAAUCAAAUAAUUGGAUAAAACAUAUUAUUUUUAGGUAAACAGCAAUUAUAAAUAUACAUAAGAAAACAAAACAUUUCAUCUAAUAUUGAACCAUUUUCAGUCAAUCAAUGUCUUUGUUUUCAAUGUACAUUGUUGAAAACAGCCAACAACUGCAUCACAGAUGUGACUAGGAUAAAAAAAGAGUGCUUUCACUCAAAAAACUUCUAGCUUUUACAAAAAAAAAAUAUAUAUAUUUCUUACCUAAAAAUGUCAUUACACUUGAUAACACACAUCAUUUAAAAGUUAGGUGUUUUUUCCCACGUGUUCCAAGUGAAUUUCCAAUUGUGUAGAGCUAUUUUUAAGUUCCAGUUAAGUUUUAAGUCUAAACUGUAAGUCCAUAUAGGAAUUUGAGUUUUUGCAGUGUUCAAAAUAAAUCUAUGAUAUCUGCUGUAUUGGAGCACAUUUGGGGCUAGUGCUACUUGGUGUUUUACCCAGCAAUGACUAAAGAGCUAAAAUUGACAGUUAGCUUUAGUGAGUUCUUAUUUUACACCCUCAUCACUCUACAGCGCUAUGUUUUCAUAGAUUAAAUAAAGCCUGUAUGUUCUAUGAAGCCUGUAUGUAAGACACGUGAGCCACGCAUCAACAGUAGUCAUAAUUAAUAGAAACCUAGCCCUCCGCAGGGCUAACGUUACGUGAGCGAGGGACAGUAGCGUUAAUCUUAUUUAUUAGCGCUGAGAAGUCUACUGCUUUAAGAUGGCGGCGGUUUGCUAACGCUGCCAAAUCUUUUCGCAUCUAGUUCCAUAUACGUGUGAUAUCUAUGAGACGCAUCAGACGCUAUCUGCUACCACCGUAGCAUCAUGCGGGCAGUUUUUGCAACAUCGGCGUAGUUUGUAGGGGCUGUCGGGUGCAGUAAGGUAUUAUUGCUUCUUCCUCUACGCAUGUGACGUCAGCGCGUUGUCCCGCAUUAAAAGUAGUCCGGGCAAAACGUGAUGCUUAGAGCUGGCAAAAUUAAAAGAUUCCUCGAGAUGAAUAAAAUUACUCGGAUCAGUUAUUAAACUCGAGUUACUCGAGUUGCUCGAGUAUUCGUUUCAGCCCUCCUUGAUUGUGAAUGCCAGUUCUCUUUGCAUUGUUGUUUCACCGUGUGAGAAUAGGGCCUCAUUAAUACAGAUUGAAGCGCUUUUCUAUUUGCGAACAUUAUUUUUUGAGAGAUAUUAUUAUUAUUUUAGUUGUAUUUUCACUAUAAUAUACUUAUGUUUGUUGUGAAGGAUUUGCCGAAGCUUUUGCCAAUAAACGGCGUGGUCCAAUAAACACCUGUGUCCACUCGUCUUUCUCUGCCUCUUAGAUCUCCAUGUGCAAAAUAAGGCGACAUUAUAAUCUGUUGGGCAAUAAUUAUUAUUUAUUAGUUUUACGUGUCGCUUAUUUGCCGGGAAGCAACUAGCAGGAACUUGACAAAUAAACGCUACUUGACUUAUCCCUUUUGCUGUCCUUCACAUUAAUGUUCCACUCGGGUUCAUAUUGGAAGGGCAGAACCGAACACAUGUUAAUGUAGUUAAAGAGCGACACGGUGGAAGUUCGGCAGCGUGUCCAUGUGACGUCACCGCCCUGCGACAUCAACAACAAUGGCGACCUACUAUUUAAAAUAAUAUUACAAAUUUUCUUGAAACGAAAACAUUUAGAGGGUUUUUAAUAUCAAAUUAUUAUAACUCGUACUAACAUUUAUCUUUUAAGAACCACAUGUCUUUCUAUCUGUGGUACCCUUUAAGGUAUGACCGUCUUUGGGCUUUUAAAUGAGAUUAUUAAAUUUCAAGCAUUGUCUCCUGGUGAUAACCCAAUUUGUAGGCUUGGAGCAGUGGUCCCCGACCUUUUUUGCACCAUGGACCUGUGUAACGUGGGCCUUUUUUUCACGGAUCGGCAAUCUGUGGCAAAAAAAAAAAAGACAGAUCAGAGGGGAUGGUUACUAAAAAAAAUAAAUAAAAACUUGUAAUCACUACGAAAUCUGAAUGUCAAAAAUUGAUAUUCGAUAUUUUCUGCGUCCUAUAUGGUAUACUGGGGACGGGUUUCAAUAAGCUUUGGCUUCUCCCGUCAGCCCUUUUCUUUUCGGGUUGAAUUAAUUGUAAACACAUGUAAAUGCUGUACAGUAUGUUUGUUUGGAUUUGUCAUGCCUGAAGAGAAAAUAAAUAAAUGAAUAAAUAAAUUUAAAAAAAAAACAGUAAAUAUAAAAUAACACGUCUAGGCUAAAAACGGAAAAUGUCACUCACCAUACACUGAAUGAUGUUCUUCUCCAACCGUGAAAGGUUUCUUAGCUUUAGCAAUAUGGUUUGCCAUGAGGUAUGAUGCUCUCAGUGCAUUUGCUUAUGUUGCCUGUUUUCUAGCUUUUAGCAACAUAUUAAGCAGAAUGAAUGUGGUUGUAGGCUCCUCUUCUGGCUCAGCAGGUGGCCUUUUCACCAUAAAAAAGCUGUCCAAAGACAUCACCACCCGCAGCACACAGCCAACACCAGCUAAAGUUACUGUUUACGUUGACUGACGCUGGGCUGCUAUAGGUGUGCAGACGUCCCAGUAAUGGCAGCCAACAACUAGAUGGCGACGUAAACAAAUCUCUCCUCGGAUUAGUUAAUAGUGUAGACAUGUAUAUUGUUGUGUAAAGAGGCACAGACCAGAUUGUUAUUGUCACUACUUUUCUCACAGUUUAAUUAACAUUAAGAGUAGAAAAACACAUACAGGAGGACCUUUCUCUCUAAGCAGCUUUCUACUCCAGUUUCGCAGGUUAGCAAGUUCACACAGUUUAAAGUUAUGCUAACUCUUAUGCAGGUCGAAAUUUCAGGAGCAAAAUUAAUGUGUUCCCCACCUCCACAGCAUUGACGUAUUUUUACAUUACUUACAGUGGCUGCUGGCCAAAAAACAAAAACCUUAUAAUAGCCCUCCUCUUCAAGGGGGGCGCGGAGGAGGCGGCAUGUUGUCGAUAUGUAAUUCUGUCAGGGUAUGCCUGCGUGUGUGUGUCGGGGGUGGGU